UCUAAGGAGCACGAUCAGUACCAAAAUCAUAUUAGGAGCGUUGGACGCCUGUCCGCACCAAAGUGGUGUUUACACUUUCGGAAUAAAUGCGGCUUUGACAGGUUAUAAAUCUACCAAGCAGCAGUUAUUUGCCCAGCAAUCGCACUGCAUCUCCCCGAAAGUCUGACCGAUAUAAAGUGCACCAGAACAAUUUUCAAGCAUGGGAACGAAUUUCGGGAGAAGCUAGAUUAAUUUUUAUUGCAGAUAAUGCACAAUACUACACCAUCGGAAACAAGAGUUAAUGCGCGUCCCACAGAAUCCAACGGACAUCGAUAACACUGAGGAACCAGGAGGUCAGAGGACCAUGGAGAGGUGGAGGUUUGCCACAGAAGAGGCCGGAAGACCUGGGUGUGAGACCGGGCCCGACUCGGACGCCAGGCCUGUCGAGCAGGCCGGUGUGACAGAGACGGAUCGGCCCAUCAAAGUGAAAAGGGAAGAGCUCACUAGUGCUCCCUGCAAGGUGCCCCGGUUUCGGUAUGUGGAUUUCCCCUCCCUGCACCAGUGCAUCCGGCAGCUUGCCGUCCCCCCCCUGGACAGCUGGCUGGCACGGUGCCCCCCGCCACGGAGGCCCACCGGCGCCGCCCCUGUGGCCGCCAAGGAUGGUGUACCCAACUUCAAGUAUGUGGACUACCCCUCACUUCACCACUGCAUCCAGCAGCUCUCUGUGCCACCCCUGAAGACUUGGAGCUCUGAGCUGGCCCAGCCCCAGGGACACGAUGGCCGUACCAGAGCAGGUUCUGGUGCGGUGAAGCGAGACUGGGAUGGGCAGGCCAAAUCCAACACACGGACCAGCUGCCCCGUCCGAGAACCGGGGGUCUCUGAAGUUUCACCUCCCCACCAGCGUCAGGUUGACCCACCCAAAGCCCGGCCACUGUCGGGCUCAGAUAGGCGGUGCACCCAGAAGGAGGGGGCGGAGCUUCCCGCUGGAUCUUUAGAUCUCAAACCGAGACCUCCUUGCUUGGGUUCUAGCAGAACCGUGGCUGAAGAGAACCAGGAAUCGGGGGCUGACAGCCGCUGUUUAGGUCCAGGGUCCAGCAGAAUGCAGGGUGCGGCACAGUCAGAGAGGGGCCCCCACCCAGAUGAGCUGGCGUGGGCGACGGUCCCCGAGUGCGUCUGUCCAUUUUGCCAGAAGAUGUUCGCUGAUCCAGAGGAGCUGAAGGUCCAUCAGAGGCAACACCGAGACAAGAAACUGCACUGAUGGCCCAGACACCAGAGAUACCCCCCCCCCACCCCGCUUCCCCCCAGCCUCACCUGUCGAGGCCUGUGAUUGGCCCACGGUUUGCUUGUGCCAGCGAGGAGUCGUCCCUGAGGCGGGCGAUUGGCCGGCGAACUGCAGGAGUCACGCUGUGGAUGGGAGUGGGUGGGGGGGCAUGCUGUAUUACAUCGAUAGAUACGGCAGACGAACUGCAUUAAUCACAGAGGGGGAAAUCCUAUGACUUCACAUCGAACAGAGUUGCAGUGAGGAUGCAGAAAUGGAGCAAGCAGCCUUUGACUUGGGAGCAGGAGAUGAAGAGACUGGGGAGCAUAUUAAUGCCUGGAGAUGGUCCUGGUCUCACAGCGUGGUCCUCAGUGCACCUUCCUGGCGAGACACAACCCAACGAGAUGGACGGAGCCUCACUGGCAUACAGUGGUCACGCACAACCCAGCGAGAUGGACGGAGCCUCACUGGCAUACAGUGGUCACGCACAACCCAGCGAGAUGGACGGAGCCUCACUGGCAUGCCUCUGCUGCAGACCGGCCUUUUCGUCUCUGGCAUCUCCUGCCCAUUUUGGUAGAGUCCAGGUCAUCAGUAGAUGUGGGAAAUUUCCUCCAUCUCUGAGCACAAUAUCUAGCUUUAGGUGCCUCUAUAACCCCAACUUCUGUUACACUAGAAAGACACUUAAUUUAGGGAAAAUUUAUAUAUAUAAUAGGCUAUAGGUUUUGCUAUCUAAUCUUUUUAUGCUUUAUAUAUUUUUUAUAACGGUAACUCAGUGAUUUUUUGCUGUUAGGUCUAGACUAACUUUAAAAUCCUUGUAGAUUUUUUUUUUUUGUUUUGUUUUGUGUUUAAAGCGUUUUCUGUAAGUGUGCAUUAAAGGACUGCUUUCACGUGCCACAGCUCCACACGCGUGACCUUGGAAAGGUGUCCUGGAAGCCGCAGAGGGUAACCUCAGCAUCAGUCAGAGGAUUCCUGUGGACUUCACACAGCAACACACAGGGACGUGACAAAACGUGGAGUUUUCAGUCUGUAAAAACAUUAACGUUAAAGGAAAUGUAAGGAAAGUUAAGAUAUUACAAGUCAUAUAAGCAGAAUAAAAUAUAGACCUUAGCAGAUGCAAGAGACUCUUACACUCUGGUUUCCGUGGCCUUAUGUCUGUCAAUUAAAUUGAUGUAAUUCGCUAUAUUACCGCGGUAGAAACGUUGCCUCGUUCGCUUUGCAAAGUGAAUAAAGUGACAAGGAAGCAUCCGUCCAUCUUCCAAUAACUUAUCCUGGUCGGGGUAGAGGGGGCCCUGGGGUUUAUCCUGGACGGAAUCCCAGAAUGGGAUUCGAACCAACAACCCUGGAAGUUUGAGGACACCAUACUGCCCCACAAUAAAAUGUUUCACAAAAAUA